AUGUUAGACUACGUAAAGCAAGUAAUACUAGUACUUUCUGGAAAAGGAGGUGUCGGAAAGUCUACAGUGAGCACACAGUUGGCAUUAACAUUAAAAGAAAGAGGUUAUAAGGUUGGACUACUCGAUAUAGACUUGUGUGGACCUAGUGUACCAUAUAUAUUAAACUUGGAAAACCAAAAUGUUCACCAAGGACCUGAUGGAUGGAUUCCAGUAUACUUGGACAAAGAACAGAGGCUUGGAGUUAUGUCUAUAGGAUUCCUUUUGAAUUCUAGAAAUGAUGCUGUAGUAUGGCGCGGUCCAAAAAAGACCUCUAUGAUUAAACAAUUUCUUGAAGAUGUGUGUUGGCAAGAGCUUGAUUUUCUUAUAAUCGACACACCUCCAGGAACAUCUGAUGAACAUAUAACAGUAAUGGAGAACUUGCGACAAGUUCCACACUGUGGUGCUAUUCUUGUGACCACUCCACAAGAAGUAGCUAUAGAGGAUGUACGGAAGGAGGUUACAUUCUGCAGAAAAACUGGUAUACGUAUUAUAGGCAUUAUUGAAAAUAUGAGUGGAUAUGAAUGCCCAAACUGCAGUGAAUGCACAAAUAUUUUCUCCAGUGGUGGUGGGAAGUCGCUGGCAGAUAUAUCCAAAAUACCUUUUAUGGGGAGUGUGCCAAUUGACCCUAGAGUGGGAAAACUGGCAGGUCAGGGUUUAGCUGCAGUAAAAGAAUUACCAGAUUCAACAACUAGCAGAAUAUUCACAGAAAUUGUUAAUCAGUUGACUGACCCCACUACUAGUGAUUAA